GGAUGUGACGUGUUUCCUUAACUCCCCUCCCAUAGUUCACCGCGCGCAUCUGCUAGUCGGCCAUUUUCUGCAGUUACAUCAGGAGCGGAAGUCUUCAGCAAACGAAAAUCUUCAUUUUCACGCGUUAACAAAGUGCUAAUAUUUAAAAAAUGAGUGACGUCGAGGAAAAACGUUUUGAGGGAAGGGAAACCCGUUCACCAUCCAAAUCGGAGCGAAGUGCCAAGUCGGAGAGCAGGUCUGGCUCUCCCAGCCCUUCCAGAGCAUCCAAACGUUCUGAUUCAAGAUCACGCUCGCGCUCCAAGUCCAGGUCUCAUUCUCGCCGCCAUUCAAACCGGCAUUACAGUCGUUCUCGAUCUCGCUCCCAUCGGAAAAAGUCCCGUUCUCGCUCUUACAGCCCUGACUACCGCCGCAAGAGAUCCCAGAGUACAUCACCUAUGUCUAACCGUCGCAGACACAAUGGCAGCAGGAGCUCAUACAGCCAUGACUCCAAAAAAGACUCGCACAGUCAUGGUGAUGCCAGGGCCAAUCCAGAUCCUAACACGUGUCUGGGUGUGUUUGGACUGAGUCUGUACACCACAGAGAGAGACCUGAGGGAGGUCUUCUCACGUUACGGACCUUUGGCUGGCUGCAAUGUCGUGUAUGACCAGCGCACCGGGCGCUCUCGUGGUUUUGCAUUUGUUUACUAUGAACGCAUUGACGAUGCAAAAGAGGCUAUGGAGAGAGUUAAUGGUAUGGAGCUGGAUGGAAGACGCAUCAGAGUGGACUAUUCCAUCACCAAACGUCCACACACCCCAACACCAGGAAUCUACAUGGGUCGGCCGACACAUAAUGGUGGUGGCGGCGGCGGUGGUGGGAGCAGCAGCAGCAGUGGUGGUCGAAGACGAGAUUCAUAUAACGAUCGUGGGUAUGACAGAUAUGAACGUUAUGAUGAGUACGACUACAGAUACAGGAGGCGCUCUCCGUCACCCUAUUACAACCGUUACAGGUCUCGCUCCAGAUCUCGCUCCUACAGCCCACGACGAUACUAAGAAGAUCCUGAUCUACUCUCUUUUUGCCUCUUUGCAUCAAGUUAUACAUUCAUGAAAAUAGAGUACAUGUAAAAUUCACUGCAGUAGAGAAAACCCUGUUUAAAUGAGGAGCAGCCCUAAUUUGACAAGAUUGGUUUGUUUAAUAGAUGUACUAAUUUGUAGUCUUUCUAACGUGUAAGGUUAAAUGAUAUGGGGAUGGUGGGCAUCAUAAUGAAGUUUUGUUUUCUGUUUUUAUGGUCUGAAAUGACUGUGCUUAUUUGUUUUUUUCAUAUAUUGAGUACCUUUUAGUGUGUCUGUAUGUUGUGUUGAGAUUGUGUGAGUAGCUUUACAUCAAUGUGAUUCGGAUUGCCUGUCUGUGACAUCAAAAUACUUUAUUUUCAGGAAUAAUUUGUGUUUAUUUCUUUUUCAAGGAAUAAAGACGUCAAAAUAAA